AUGCAGCGUGAAGAAGAGGCCCGUAUGAAGCCCCUGACGAGAAAGAUGCUGGAUACGGGGGUGUCUGGCGGGCCGGCCAUACAGCAUCGCCGUGACCUCGGUAUUCUCCAUACAGAUGAAUCUCGUCAGCUUGCGGUCGUUGAUGCCGUCCAAGGCCUGCUUACUCAGCGCAUGGUUAUUGCAGACGAGUCUGAGUCCGGCAACGAAGAUACGAUAGACAGCACCGCUGAUAGGAGAGAUACUGGCGUUGGCGACGAUACUGUUGCUACCCACCCUCACCGCGCGGCACUCAGUGAAGCGUACCAACAAAAGCGAGGGCCGAGGUUGUGGAUUUAG